AUGGGAAAUCGAAAUGGUAGUUCACGUCGAAAGCAACGUGAUGGUACAUAUACAUAUUCAAAAAAUCGUCGGGAUGAUUCCAGCAAAAAUGGGAACGGCGGAGGAAUUAUAAAUCGAAGACCAAAUCAGUCACAAACACCUAUUCAUCAAGAUGAGCAUGGAGAAAUGUUAGUAAAUCGAACACCUGAUAACUAUAAUAUAAAUAAUUCAAAUAAAUUAAUUUACAUUGCUAAUUAUGACUUUAAUGGUACAUCAUCGACUGGUGAACUGAGUUUUCGUAAAGGUGACAGAUUGGAAAUUGUUGAUAAAUAUUCUUUUAAUGAUUGGUGGCAAGCUAAAAAUUUACGAACAAAACAAGCUGGUUAUGUACCAGCCAAUUAUAUAUCAGCAAUAAAUGAUUUAACAGCAUGCGAAUGGUAUUUUACUGAAACAAAUCGGCGUGAUGCUGAACGAUUUCUUGAGCAACCACAUAAUGGAAAAGGAACUUUUUUAAUUCGUCCUUCGGACACUAAUCAAGGCCAAGAAUCAUUAUCCGUGCUUGACUUGAGUAAAGACAAGCAUUUCCAUGUUAAACAUUAUCGAAUACGUCGAACUGAUCAAGGAUUAUAUUAUAUUAGCAGUAAAAGUAUUUUUCAGUCAUUGCAAGAUCUUGUUGAACAUUAUCGAGAAAAUGCCGAUGGUCUUUGUUGUACAUUAACACGUCCUUGCCGAAAAGUUGAACCAACAGUUCCAGCUGAUCGACAUGGUUUAUUAGAGUUAGAUCGUUCACAACUUACAAACCAACAAUUAAUUGGUCGUGGAAAUUAUGGUGAAGUUUAUAAAGCGAAGUAUGGACAACGUGACGUUGCAAUUAAAUGCAUGAAAACAGACAAUAAAAAUCGUAUGUGUGUUGAUAAAUUUCUUGAUGAAGCAAAAAUCAUGAAAGAUCUCCUACAUAAAAAUAUUGUACGUUUAUAUGGUGUGUGCACGCAAGAAGAACCCAUAUUUAUUGUCACUGAAUAUAUGGGACAUGGAUGUUUAUUAAAUUAUUUGCGUGAUGGACCAGGGAAAAAUUUAAAAUUUAAAACCAUACUUGAUUUUGCUGCACAGAUCGCCAAAGGUAUGGCUUAUCUUGAACAAAAACGUUAUGUUCAUUGUGAUCUAGCUGCGCGAAAUAUCCUUGUUGGAGAAUUUGAUGUGGUCAAAAUAGCUGAUUUUGGUUUAGCAAAAAUUCUUCAAGGUGGUCGUUUAAUGGUCGAUCGAGAAUCACAAUUUCCAAUUAAAUGGACAGCACCAGAAGCAGCAACAAAAAAAGAAUAUACAACAAAAUCUGAUGUAUGGAGUUUUGGUAUUCUUCUUUACGAGUUAGUUACACAUGGUUCAAAUCCUUAUCCUGGAAUGUCAAAUAAUGAAGCAUUACAAGCUGUACUUAAUGGCUAUCUUAUGCCGAAACCACAUGAUUGCCAUGAACAUUAUUAUCAAAUAAUGUGUUCCUGCUGGCAAGAGAAUCCGGAUAAUCGUCCCACAUUCGAAACACUUUAUAUGCGUUUUGAUGAAUUUAUGAUACAAGCUGAGCCAAGCUACCGAGAGGUAAAUUAUAUUUAUAUAUGA